UUGGGGAAAUUUUGACUAAAAAACGCGAACAACUAGCUACUCACAACAUUAGCAAAGGAUUUGCUAAAACUGCCAGUGAGGAUAAUCGCAGGGAGGCAAUGGAAUUGGUGGAAAUUAAUCAAUUACUUUUAGAAAUUCGCUAUCUAGAAAAUGAUGGAGAUGCUACUACUCUUAGUUCAGUAGACGCAGAAAACACGGCUUUAACCGCCAUUGAUGACAUUAUACAAAAGGCAGAUUUAGCCAUUAGUAGAAUAAAAGCCGGUAAAUAUACUGAAAAUGGUAAAGAACACGAUAUCUCUUUUUACGGAGGAUUAGAAAAAUUUAAGGAGCAUUUUGAAAAUAAAGAGAAAUUAGUGAAAUUGAAAACCCUGAUUAAAAAAGUGAUAGGAACAGAUGGUAAGGUUAAAACUGAGUUUAUUGAGGAAAUCAAAAAGUCGGAUGCUACUUUAGUAGAUUUAAAAACUCUUUUACUAAAAGAACCUAAAGACAUUAUUACUUAUAUUGCCCGUUUUGUUUAUAACCAAUUGGAUGAUAGUGCUAGCGACGAGAAAAAUAAGAAAAAGACCCAAAUGAAGCGUCGCAUUGCCAAAAAGCUGAAUAAAAUUAAAGAAAGCGAAUUAACUGAACAAGAACUUGAUGAUAGCCUUUACCAAAUAGAAAUAGGAGAAUUAACCUUGGAUA